AUGAGAACAACCUCUCGUAUCUGCAGUCGGUUGCUUCCACGUCGAGAAAGAGAAUUUGAUGAUUCGGAGAGACAAAAUUCAGCGUUGUCUACUGAACUGAAUCAAUUCAUCGAGUCGGCCACUCAAUCAACCCAGUCACUCAUUCAUCCGACCCAACUUGCUCAAAACAUUGAUCAUCGCCACGUAUCGAUAGCUCAGUGUCUGCCGGUUGAAUUGCUAAUACUUGUAUGGAUAUUCGCUGAUGGGCUAUCUCGCUUCCAUCUGUUACAAGUGUGCUCAUGGUGGCGACAAGUAUUCCUCGAGAACUUCUCUCAUCCUGAUUUGCGCGACUACACUUUGAGAAUACGUUUGAAUCUAUAUUCGGAGCAUCGUAUAGAACGAUUUCUGUUCAGAACAAUAUAUCUGGCUAUUGAUCCAUUUAUUUCGUGUAUAGACAUACUUGUUCCAGACAUCACCAGUUUGCAAUUGGUCGAUCAAGUACCUCCAUUUGGUCCAUUGCUACCUCUUGUUGUUGAGAGAUGUCCGAAUUUGAAAAUACUUCAUAUUUCUCAUCAAAAUCCAGACAGAUCUUAUAUUGUACUUGGUAGCCUGUCAUUGGAUGAACAUUUCUACAAUUGGCUAUCUAAAAAUAUAACGAUAAGGCAUGUGGAAAUAUUCAAGUUUUUCUAUUUAGGACCUGCAACUACUAUAACCAAGAGUAGUGAUACGUUCUGGCAAGCUGUAAAGAGUAUAAUUAGAGAUUGGGAGUAUAUGUGGACAUUACAAGCAAGAAUUGAAUUUGAGUAUGGAGUGAUGUAUUGUGCAAGAAAAAGAUGUUGUCACUUGUGUUAUAGUCAUAGAUGGGCAGAAUCAAGUGGAUACAUACUUUCGUGGUAA